UCUUCGUGAUAUGUAAAACAGUUUUAUAAGAAAUACGUAACUGCGCGGAGUGGUUCCGGAGAAAUUAAAAUCGUACUGUGCUGCCAUUAGUAGUGUUAAAUCUAAAAAUAACUUGUUGUCCAUACCAAAAGAAUUUUUGUGCCUGUAUUAACUUAACGGCUCAAUAAGAAACUAAUAGCGUUCUUCUCUGCAAAACCAUUAAAUUAUUCUCAUAAUGGCCGAUGCUAACAAACGUAAUAUUCCGAUCAAAUUGGGGGAUUUUAGCGUUAUUGAUACGGAGUUCAGCAGCAUUAGAGAGCGUUUCGAUGCCGAAAUGCGUAAGAUGGAAGAGGAAAUGGCUAAAUUUCGUCACGAGUUAAUGAACCGUGAAUCAAAUUUCUUUGAAAGCACCAGUACAACUAAAACAACAACAAGCAGUGCAACAAACGCUUCUAGACCGAAGCAGAACUAUAUUUCGGAUAUUAACUCACCUUUAAUUCAGGAGGAUGGGGAUAAUAAAGUGCUUAAAUUACGUUUCGAUGUAAGCCAAUAUGCCCCCGAAGAAAUUGUUGUCAAGACUGUCGAUCAAAAAUUAUUGGUUCAUGCAAAACAUGAGGAAAAAUCUGACACCAAAAGCGUCUACAGGGAAUACAAUCGUGAAUUUUUAUUACCGAAAGGCGUUAAUCCUGAAACCAUACGUUCAUCUUUAAGUAAAGAUGGAGUACUCACUGUAGACGCUCCUUUGCCGGCUAUUACUUCAGGUGAAACUAUGAUUCCCAUUACCCAUAAGUAAGGGCGUAAGAUGGCAGCAGCAUAACAUGUAACAGCAUUCAUCAGCGCUAUCAAUGCUAGAAUUAAAUAAUAAAAAAAAAAAACGAAAAUAAUUAAAUAAAUAAAUAAAAAAAAAAUCGCAAAUCUA